UGUGUGUGUGUGUGUGUGUGUGUGACAGACGGGUAUCAGCAUGGAUUAGUGAGUAAAGGUAAGCGUGUUUCUCCCUGUCGAGGCGGAUUUCCUUCCUCUCCUCUCAGCCACACACACCGACCUGGUUUGAACCGCCGUCUCCUCCUCCUGCUGCUGUCUGAUGGUGCUGUGACACUUUGUGUGUGUGUGUGUGUGUGUGUGUGUGUGUGACUGGCUGGUUGUUUUCCUGUCUUGGACCGCUGUGCGAUGCCAUUCCUCCCUCAGGACGCUGAGCGACUCGAUGGGCUGUCUCUGCUCUACUGGACGAUCAUGGGCCCACACGGCACCAACCGAGCCGUUCAGAGGCUGGAGUUCAGCGACUGCAAGAAGGGACUCGGUGUGAAGAUAAUUGGAGGUUAUCGAGAGCUGACAGGAGAAGAGUUUGGCAUCUACAUCAAGCGUGUGGUCGGCGGUGGGUUGGCAGCUCAGGACGGUCGGCUUAAGUCAGGUGACCUGAUUUUGGAUGUCAAUAACAUCAGUCUGAUAGGGGUGACCAAUGAGAGGGCGGUGGAGAUCCUGAGGACAGCCUCACUCUCAAACCACAUGUCCCUGCUGAUCGCCAGAGACGAUGAAUCCAGGAGGGAGUUUGCUGGGCUGUUGGAAAAGUGCGGCUCCAACAAUGUCACAGCUUCAGGACGAAUUUCUCCCCCUCAGGUGCCCACAGGGAAGCUGACAGACACGGCCUCCUCAUCCUCCUCUUCCAGAUCAGAGAGUCCCCAGCUUCUCAGCCCUAAAGAUGGGGUCAGCACCUACGCCCACGCCCCUCCUUACAUAGCCACCGCCCCCUACACCGUGGCCACGCCAACACACACCUUCAGCGACAGUGUCAUUCAGUUGAUAUGCGUUGCCAAGGGAACAGGCCUGGGGCUCGUCAUCAAAGGCGGGGCUAACCGUGCAGAAGGACCAAUGGUGUUCAUUCAGGAAAUCGUACCUGGAGGAGACUGCCAGAAGGAUGGCAGACUGCAGGUCGGGGACCAACUGCUGUCCAUCAACAAAGAGUCCCUGAUUGGAGUGACGUAUGAGGAGGCCAGGACCAUCCUGACUCGCACCAAACUCAGACCAGACCCCACAGUGGAAAUUGCCUUCAUCCAUAGGAGGUCGUCCUCCAGCUCCAGCAGCGGACCUCACAGCCCCAUCUCCCUCCAAGGCUCCAGCACUGGAGGUGGACCCCAGACGAGGCCCCUGGGGCCUCCACAGCCUGCUGUGGUCACCAAGAUCACUUCCAGCAGAAACCCUGCCAGCGAGACUCUGCCAGCAGUCAACAUCAGCCAGGUUUGCGUGUCUCCAGCCAGAGCAGAGCAGAAUCGGGCCUCCUCUCCACCAGAGGGCGACAGCGUCACUGAAACAAACCCUGAACCUGCCAGCGGUCAGCCUCAUCACAGGAAGUGUCCCCUCAGCACGAGCUGUCGCCUCAGACUGGAGAGGCUGGAGCAGGCUCUGGAUCUGCUCAGCCUGAAGCCCACAGAGGCUCAGCGACAGGCGAUCAGGUCCAGACUUCAAGCCGAUGCAGCUGGGACGGUGGCCUUCACAGAUUUUGAGAGCCUGAUCCGGGAGCUGUUCAAGCCUCAGCUGGAGGAGUUGGCCGUCACCCAGCCGGGGUCACGGUUCACAUCUGAUGACCUGUCCAGUUUGUUGGAGUCACCGACCAACCCGCAGCCGUCUCCGUCAGACUCGGAGGACCUGGAGGAGAUGGAGAGGCUGAGGAAGGAGCACAUCGAGGCUCUCAGGGAGAUCAAGAGGCUGCAGGAGCAGCUGGUCGAGUCUCAGAGAGUUCACCUUCAGAUGGAGGAGGAGCUCAGCAAAGUCAAACAGGAGGUAAAACUUGGCGCGGAGGAGAGUCGCGCCCUAAGGACUCGGAUCCAGCUGGCGGAGGCGGCUCAGAAGCAGGCGAGGGGGAUGGAGAUGGACUACGAGGAGGUGAUACACCUGCUAGAGGCCGAGAUCGCCGAGCUGAAGACUCAGAGAGUGGAGCAACCGGCGUCGACCAAUAAGGAGGAGACGGAGGAGCUGAAGAAGAAAGUCACCAUCCUGGAGUGUCAACUACGGAAGAGCGAAGCGGCCAAGAAAGGCUUUGAGAUGUCCACAGGAAAACUGCUGAGCUUUGUGGAGAACGUUCAGGAGUUCCUGCUCGAAAGCCACGGACCAACCAAGAGCUACAGUUCGGGAGAUGUUAAAGUCGGAGCGUCGUCUCAAGGCCUCCCACCCCGCUACAAGAAAAGUCCCUGGACUUCGGCAACGCUUGCCCAAGAGGCGAAGGAGCUCACACGGACUGUCAGAGCGAUCCUGGAGGUCGACUGUCUUCCUUAUGGAUGGGAGGAGGCCUACACCGCAGACGGAGUCAAGUACUUCAUCAAUCACGUGACCCAGACGACAUCAUGGAGCCUCCCUGUGACCAGCGGCAGCACCUCGGGGCCCCCUGCUCCUCUAGAGUCCUCACAGCUGGAGGGAGACCGGGACGGGGAGGCGACGGCCCGGAGGCCCAGCCCGUCCGUAGAGACGGAGAUGUGAAGAUCUGCAGCAGAUUCUCACUCGUGUUCCUCGGUUGAAAUCUCUACCUGACCUGUAGUAACCCACAGAGCUCUUCUUUAAAGAU